AUGGAAAUUUUGGAAAGCUAUAAUAUUAUAUUUAAUAAAUCGCAAGUUCCUAAAAUAAAAGAGGAAAAAGAACAAGCAUACAAAGAAAUCCACCAAAAAUAUAUUUUGCAAAUUGGAAGGGAUUUAACUGAAAAACAACUAAAAAAGAAGAUCCAAAAUAUGAAGACCGAGUUGAAGAAAAAGACGGACAAAACUGCAACGGGAAAUAAGAAAAUUGUUUUAAAGGCGUGGGCAAAACAUAUUUUGGCGCUAAUGGAAGGACAAGAAAACCCUGUUUUUCAAAAAGUACCAGGAGCAAUAGGAUCUGUGGAACAACCUCAGCCAUCAACAUCCAAAACUGAAGAAUUUAUUCCACCUCCACCUCAUGUUCGGCCUUUACCUCAUAAGUCUACAGUUACCAAAAGAACCAAAUUGAAGGAAACAGACGAAACCUCAGAUUUGUCCAAUACAGAGCUCCAACGACUGGUAUUGUUGGAACAGCUAGAACUAAUAAAGGUUCGAAAGGAAAAGGAAAAAUUAUUGUUGGAAAAACUACAAAAAGAAAAUGGAGACCAAUUUGAAGAAAUAAAUAAUUUGUUGUUCAGAAAGUUGUAA